AUGUCGUGGAGCGCACACACGCCGACGAUUCAGCAGUGGGCGCCACAAGCUACAGGAGGCGCCACAAGCGCGACCGCUUCCCGACUCUCGGGGCUGACCGGAGCCGGUCUCGAGGGAGGCGAUGGAUGGCCGGGGCGCCGUGCCUGGACGCCCCCGGCUUCCCCAGGGCCGCGUCUGGCCGGGCGGGGGAAGCGAGUCCGCGGUGGUGACCCUGUCGGCGGACGAAACCCCACUCGGAGCAGAGCGGCUGGCAAGACACUUCAGCCACGCACCCCAAGUCACCGACUCGGGCCCACGACCGGCCAAGCUGGUUUUGGAUUCUUCAUCCAGCAGCCACAGCGCAGGACUUAAUCUACUGCCGCGGGCUCGAAAACACAGACACUCGACUUCGACCUAAACGGCCCCUGCCCCCCCUCGGUGUGUAUUUCUGUGGUGGGGGGCCGAAGCUCGAGCCAGCGAGGCGGCGCGCCGAAGCCUCCGCCCCCCGCCGAGGCCCCGGCCGGCCGAGGUCGAAGUCCCUCCGGGGGGGCGGUCGGUGGGUGGUGGCCCGGGGGUCGCGGCCGGCCGAAGUCGGAGCCCGCGCAAGGCGGUGCUUGAUUUUCCCCGUCUCACUCCCUCGCCGGUGUCGCUAGCGCACUGCCUGGCGCGGUCGUGUUGCCGUUCGGCCUAGCCUAUCUGUGUUGGCCUACCAAUCCAGCCCGGCGCGCUCCUCGGUGCGGGCCCCGACCUCAUCGGGCCGCCCGCCUCAUCUCGGC